CGGCGCUGCCCUGAUCGGAAGCCUCGGGGCCGCUGCGGUGCCGCGGGGGCGAUGCGGAGGGAAGGAGCCGCGGAGAGCAGGAAACAUGAGCCCGCAGGAGGCGAGAGACCAGGGCUGAAGCUUCCCUCCCGCAUUGUGUGCGCCGGGGCCCCCCCGCCGGCCGGCCGCUAGCUGCGCAGGGCGCACAUGAGCCCGGCGUCCCCACCCCCCGCUCUGACCUCUGCAGGAACCUGCACCGCGGUGGAGGAGACCUGUGAGCUACAUCCCGUCAUGCUCCCACUGAAAUAACCUGCCAGACACCGAGGGAUCCAUCACAAGGAAGGGGAUCAGAGGGCAAACGCCAGCCAUCAUAACCUUAAGCAAAUAUUAGCUCUGCUGCCGCUGCUGCUGUUGCGCCUCUGUCUGGGAAGCCGAGUCCAGGAAAAAGGCUUUAUCCUCCUCGCAGGGCUGGGUCCUUAGGAGAAGAGGGGAGGGGGAGGCAAGGGGGGUUAUUUGCUGAUGAUCGGAAGUUACUGACAAUAAGCACCUUCAUCUCUCCAAAGGCGGAGAGAGAGAGAGAGAGAGGAGGAGGAGGAGGAGAGACAGGGGGAAGAGGAGAUCUGAUGUCUAAGGGAGUCACUCGGAGGAGGCAAAGCAGGCAGUAUCUCAACUUCUCAUCUUUGUUUAUCAGCGCGAAGCGAGAUCGCUGGAAAUCUGCUGGGUUUUAUAACUGGAUCAUUCCCAUGUCAAGGCUGCGGUUGGGGAUUUUACUCCGUUAACUUGAAGCCACUGACCUCCCCCCUCUCCUCACCCAGCGAUGUAUUCACUGCUCUCAGCCUGCACUUGCUUAUGUUUACAUUUCCUGCUGCUGUGCUUUCAGGUACAGAUGUUUGUUGCCGAGGAGAAUGUGGAUUUUCGGAUACAUGUGGAGAAUCAGACAAGAGCAAGGGAUGAUGUAAGCAGGAAGCAGCUUAGACUCUAUCAGCUGUACAGCAGGACAAGUGGAAAACACAUCCAAGUGCUAGGCAGGAGGAUCAGUGCCAAAGGAGAAGAUGGAGAUAAAUAUGGAAUUUCUGCAGCCACCUCUGGGGUAGAAGACAGCAACUAUGCUUUAGGAAUGCACUGUAACACUUCGGAACAAUCUGAGACAGGAAAAGAAGAACACUUUUACAGAGCAGAAUUUCCAAGAGAAUUUAUUCAGAAGAAAGGUAAAAAGCACAGAAAGAACUUUUACCUUUGCAUGAACAGGAAAGGCAAGCUAGUGGGGAAGCCCGAUGGCACCAGCAAAGAGUGUGUUUUCAUUGAAAAAGUUCUAGAAAACAACUACACAGCACUGAUGUCUGCAAAAUAUUCGGGCUGGUACGUUGGAUUCACCAAAAAGGGAAGGCCACGGAAAGGGCCCAAAACCCGGGAAAACCAGCAAGAUGUACAUUUUAUGAAAAGGUACCCAAAGGGUCAAGUGGACAUACAGAAACCUUUCAAGUACACGACAGUGACCAAGAGGACUAAGAGAAUACGACCCACCAACCCCAGUUAAAAAAUAGACAAAAACAGUGUCACAAUAAUAAACCACAAAAAACUGCACCAGAGGAAUAUUUUUACAUUAAAAAUAAGGAAGAAGCUCUAUUUUUGUACAUUGUGUUUAAAAAAAAAAAAAAA